AUGGCCACCCCAAAGACCUCGCUCUCAACCAGCCGACCUCCCUCCACCCCUCCCGCCAGCCUUUCCGCUUAUGAGAACAAAGGCCUCUCCCACCCACCAAACCUUGAUCCUCUUACCAAUGCGCAGAAACAAACAUGCAGGGUGAAGCCUGUCACCAUUAAAGUCAAUGACGAUCUCUAUGGCGCGGUCCCUGCUUUCUUACACAUUCCACAAAAUUACCGCCGCGAACAAACCGAGGGACGCGAGAAGACGGCCGCUAUACUGUUAUCCGGUGCAGGCGGAGGUGUGGUGGGUCCAUCCUCAAUAUAUCUUUCGAUGGCGGACAAGUUGGCUAGUCUGAACAAGGGCAUACCGGUCAUGCGACUAGACUACCGUUAUCCGGCAAGAAACAAAUACUGCGUAGCGGAUGUGCAGGCAGCUAUGAAGUAUCUGGAGACUGGCUAUGGGCUUUCAAAAUUCGUGCUCGUAGGUUGGUCGUUCGGCGGCGCACCGGUAUAUACACUUGGUGGUAGCGAAGAGAGGGUCAUUGGCUGUGCCACGGUGGCCAGCCAGACAGCUGAGACGGAAGGGAUUGGGAGAUUGGCUCCGAAGCCUGUUCUGUUGAUGCAUGGCACUGGUGAUAGGACACUGAGAUACUCUCGUAGUCAACGCUUGUAUGAUGAGUAUGGAACGAAGGGGGAGAGGGAGCUGAAGCUUUUUGAUGGAGACGAUCAUGCGUUGACGAGGAAUGCAAGAGAGGCGGAAACAAGGCUUUGUGAAUUUGUGUCGAAAUGUGCUGGGGUCGAGAUUGGCGGAGCAGAGAAGGAGAUGAUGGGGCAGGAAUUGAUUGGAGACGGAGACAGGGUGAGGUUGAUGAAGGAGGGCGGAGCUUUGAACGGCGGAGAGAGGGUGGAAUAG